CCUACUAUUAUAAAAGUCCCAUUUAAUUUCACCAAAUCCUCAAGAUUCCCAUGACAAAUCAACCAUUAGCGGCGCCGCCGCACACCACCGCAACCGACCUCCCAACAACCGCCGCCGCCGCCGCCCCCAAAACCAAGUCAAAAAAGCUAACCCUCAUCCCCCUCAUCUUCCUCAUCUACUUCGAAGUCGCCGGCGGCCCCUACGGCGAGGAGCCGGCCGUGCAAGCCGCCGGCCCCCUCUUCGCCAUCCUCGGCUUCCUCAUCUUCCCCUUCAUCUGGAGCAUCCCCGAAGCCCUCAUCACGGCCGAGCUCUCCACCGCCUUCCCCGGCAACGGCGGCUUCGUCAUUUGGGCCGACCGCGCCUUCGGCCCAUUCUUCGGCUCCUUAAUGGGCACUUGGAAAUUCCUCAGCGGCGUCAUCAACAUCGCCGCCUUCCCCGCCCUCUGCAUCGACUAUUUAAAGCGGAUUUUCCCCAUUUUCGGAUCUGGAAAACCUAGAACCCUCGCGAUUUUGAUCUCCACCGCGAUUCUCUCCUUUCUCAACUACACCGGCCUAGCAAUCGUCGGCUAUGUCGCCGUCGGAUUAGGCGCAAUCUCCCUCGCUCCGUUUCUAAUCAUGUCCGGAAUCGCAAUCCCGCAGAUCCAGCCGCGGCGGUGGAUCAGCCUAGGGCAGAAAGGAGUGGAUAAGGAUUGGAAUUUGUUCUUCAAUACUCUGUUCUGGAACCUCAAUUUUUGGGAUAACGUUAGCACCAUGGCAGGGGAGGUCGAGAAUCCGAGGAAAACCUUCCCGUUAGCGUUAUUCUGCGCGGUGAUUUUCACUUGUUUAGGCUACAUCAUCCCUCUCGUCGCCGUCACCGGCGCAAUCGAAGCCGACCAGAGCCUCUGGGAGACCGGAUUCAUGGCGGACGCGGCGAGGAUGAUCUCUGGCCAGUGGCUGAAGCUCUGGAUCGAGAUCGGAGCGGUUUUAUCCGCGAUCGGGCUGUUCGAGGCACAGCUGAGCAGCAGCGCGUAUCAGGUUUUAGGAAUGGCGGAAUUAGGAUUCCUGCCGAGGUGGUGCGGCGUGAGAUCGAAGUGGUUUGGCACGCCGUGGGUGGGGAUCGUGGCGUCGACGGCGAUAGCGGUGGGGGUUUCGUUCAUGAGCUACACGGAUAUUGUGGCGUCGGCGAAUUUUUUGUAUAGUUUGGGGAUGCUUCUGGAAUUCGGGGCGUUUCUGUAUCUGAGGGUGAAGAUGCCGAAGCUGAAGCGGCCGUAUAAGGUGCCGUUUGCGCUGUGGGUGCUGGUGGUGAUGUGCUUGGUGCCGUCGGGGUUUCUGGUGUACAUAAUGGUGAUAGCGAAGAAGACGGUGUUUAUAGUGAGCGCGGGGAUGACGGCAGCCGGGGUGGCUUGGUUUUUUCUGAUGAGGCUUUGCCAGUCGGAGGGGUGGUUUAAGUUUGAGAGAGUGCUGGGGAAAGAAGAAGAGGAGGAAUAACGAUGAUGAAGCUUGGGGCAGCGCAGUUAGUUCAGGAAGGACAGUUGCAUAUUCUUAACUCAUUAAACAGAAUGUUUUCAUGCAAGUAUACAUAGAAUGAUGAUGCAUUUUCUGAUUGAACAAUGAACAACACAAUGUUUCCAUCUUUUGAAUUGUGAAAUAUACAAUCUUACUUAGUCUUCA